UUUACAACUACUCUUUCAAGAAUUUUUGAAUGAAAAGGAAGGUUGGAGAUUGACCUAUAAUUAGGUAAAACAGAUGGAGCUUCAGUCUCUUCAAACAGAAACGAUGAAGGAGGAGACCCAGACCAGAGAAGAAGAAGGUCAGCUGGGACAGAAAGCAGGGACAAAGAGGAGGCAUGAGGAAGAUGAGAUUUCACCCAGCAAGAAGCAGGUGCUCGAUCACAGUGUGAAGGUGGCGAGUCACUACAACCAGCUGCAGGAAGUUGGCCUGGCAGCUCGAAGUCGAAGCCGAAUCUUCUUCAUGAGGAACUUCAACAACUGGCUCAAGAGCAUUCUGAUUGGUGAGAUCCUGGAGCAGGUGAGGGAGGCGGGGUCUCAGGAGGUGUCUGUGUUGGACCUUGGUUGUGGAAAAGGAGGAGACCUGCAGAAGUGGAGAAGAGGAGGAAUUGAUCACCUAGUUUGUGCAGAUAUUGCAGGGGUUUCUGUGGAGCAGUGCCAGGUUCGUUAUGAAGAGAUGAAAAGAAAGAGUUUCCGUAAUGAGAAAAUCUUCACUGCUGAAUUUAUCACAGCAGACUGCGCGAAGGAGGUGUUGUCAGAGAAGCUGGAUGAUGCUGAGCGGAAGUUUGACAUCUGCAGCUGUCAGUUUGUGUAUCAUUACUCAUUUGAGAGUGAGCAGAAGGCCAAUAUGAUGCUGAGAAAUGCCUGUGAGAGCCUCAAACCCGGAGGGUUCUUCAUCGGAACGACACCAGAUGCCUUCGAACUCGUUAAACGUUUGGAGGCUUCUGAUUCGCUGUCAUUUGGCAAUGAGGUUUUCAAGGUGACCUUUCAGUCCAAAGGUUCCUACCCUCUGUUCGGAUGUCAGUAUCACUUCAGCCUCGAAGAAGUUGUCGACGUUCCAGAGUUCCUUGUCUACUUUCCUCUGUUUGAACACAUAGCAAAGCAGUACAACAUGCGGCUGGUGCUGAAACAGAGAUUUGCAGAUUUCUUUGAGGAAAAGAUGAAGAAGGAGCAUCAUCGUAACCUCAUGAUGAAGAUGAUGGCUCUGGAGCCAUUUCCCAGUGAGGAUGGUCAGCAGGCAUCAGACAGCACAGAGGAGUAUUGCCAUGCUAAAGAGCACUGCGACCGAGCUGACGUCAGAGCUCCCGUGGGAACCCUGAGCAGAUCUGAGUGGGAAGCAACCAGUAUCUACCUGGUGUUUGUGUUCCAGAAGAUGUCCUGAUGCUGAGCUCACCUGCUGCUGUUUGUCGUACUUGUUCUUCAGCUCUCUUUGUGUUUCUGUCACUUAAAGUCGUUUUUGGUCAAUUAUGAUUUAUUUGCUUACAAAUGAUUUCAAACUUAAGUCAAACUUUAUUGUUUUUGUGUUUUUUUUUUUCUUUUCAUACUCAUACACUGGUUAUGUUGGUAGGUAAGUUGGUUAUUUUUACAGGUGAAGUAGUGACAGGUAAAUUCGUUGUAAAGGUAAACCCAGCCUACAGUUUGGUGUUUUGACUUCACAGUCUGAUGUCCAUCUCUCUGAAAUUUUUUCUGCUUAAGUUCCUAAAUGCAUAUGAGCAGUUGGCUUUCCUGCUGCUCACCCAGGUUAAACUCUUCACCUCAGCCUCUGAUACCUCUGCUAUGCAGUGAACCUCUUUUAAGUUUAUGCUAGGCACAGUUAUUGUGACGGUUCAGUUCUGAGUAUUGUGGAGAAAAUGAAUGGUUAAAUAGGAGUCUGUCCUCACCUAAACCAACCGACACUCUAUGGGUGAAAGCACUGGGCCACCUGCAGCUCCACCUACAGGAGUUGGUCAGCCAUAGAAACCCAUCCCCUGAAGCUCCUGGUUUGCAGUUUUUGUGCUGGUGCUAAUAACAGGAGGUUUGGAGCACUACAGUUAUUGAGUCAGCAAAGUGAUGGCUAUAUUUAUGCACUAUACACCUCAGCACUCGCUGUCCCCACUCAGUGGCUGAGUCGCUGUGGUUCCUAAAUGCUUCCACUUUGCAAUAGUACCACUUACACUGAGCGGAAUAUUUAGGAAGGAAGGAAUUUCUUGAACUGGCUUGUUGCAAUGGUGGCAUCCUGUUACAGUAUCAUGCUUAAUCUCAGUGAGCUCUUUGAUUUUGUAUACUGUGGCAAUGGGACAAAACACCUGAAUUCAAAGAUUAACAGGUGUGGCCCAGUGCUUUUGUCCAUGCAGUGCACCUGUAGCCUGUAUACUGUUAUCCAGCUGUUAUGAUGGUUACAUGGACUCUUGAUCAUAUGGCUGGUAAGGCUUUGAUUAAGUGUUUACAUAUGGCAAAAGUAAAUGAAACUUCAUAUUACAUUUUUAUUAAAAAUGUAAUAUGAAGCCUAGAAGGUGCUUAAUCAUAAAUUACAUGCUGAACAUGAUGCUCAUUUCUAGCUACAUAUUUUUUCUCUGACUCUCAUAGAGCAACUUUGCAUGAUUCACAGGUCAAAAAUAAUCCUGCUGUAUCUCACACUGGGCCGUGGUGAAGCCUCUCAGUUCAUCCCCUGUCUGAAACCUUCUGUUUUAUUGCCUCCCCCUUUAUUGCCCCUCAUGCACAGGUUUGAAAAGCAGGAUGCUCAGGCUACUGUCACCGCUGUGACAUCACACGGAUCCAUGAGUAGAAAAAACGGAUAAACUGAGUGUUUAUAGCAGUCUGCACCCUGAGCUUUGGACUUACCUUGUUUUACUGCUGUAGCUGCUCCAUGUGGACGUAUUUACUCUGUAAAACCUAGAAAUUAAAACACUUUAAAACUG